AUGGCCGGCUUUGACUUUGGGAACCACUUGAGGAACUCGUACCUCGGCCAGAGGAACGUUCAUCUGCCAAAGGUGCGUUCGAGCGUUGCACAAGUUGGCUCGGUUGCGACUUGUACGGGGAUGAUGGCACGCGGCUGGGCUACGAGGACGAGGGAGGAUGACGACGCGGGGUGUUCGCGCGGAGCAGAGCGCGUGCACAAUAUGAUGUGGUAUUCAUAAAACAGACAAAGUGUAUACGACCAGCGUAAUUUGGCGUCGUAGCUUCCCACGGCGGUCCCUUCUGGGCGUGCUCACCCACAUCCACUCUAAUCGGCCUGCAUCGACAUCCACGACGACUUCCACCAGCCAAAAGCUGUCCAAACGAUCACCACAGCUGACAUACAUCUACUCCUCCCCUUCUAGGCCACCUCGACCGGUACGACGAUCGUAGGAUGUCUCUUUGACGGGGGCGUCGUCAUCGGCGCCGACACCCGGGCCACAGAGGGGUCCAUCGUCGCCGACAAGAACUGCGAAAAGGUACAUGCUCGCAAACUCUUUCACGUGGAGAGUAGCUGUCGGCCGGCAAGGCGCUUGCGACCGUCGCUCGACGCGCUGCUCGAGCUCAGGAUGGUGGUGACGCCUCGGCGGAUCCCCCACCCUCAUCCCCGCAGCCACGCUUGGAGUUGUUGCUAACCAUCAACCUGUGCUCCGGCUCACGUGAUUCAACAGAUCCAUUUCAUCUCGGACAACAUUCGAUGUGCAGGUGCCGGUGAGUGUCAGGGUGGCCCUUCCAGCCCCGGAAAGUCGUCAAGCUUCGUCCUGGUCCUGACGCUGACGCCGUUUACCAUUACUCGCCCAGGUACCGCCGCCGAUACCGAGUUCACUACCGCAUUGAUCUCGUCCAACAUUGCGCUUCAUGCCUUGUCGACGGGGAGGAAGCCUUUGGUCGUCGCCGCCAUGACCAUGCUCAAGCAGAUGCUCUUCCGGUACGUUCUCACUCAUCACCAUUCUGACGGAGCGCCGCCGGGACUAGAGCUGAUCCACUAACCCCCCCCCCCCCCCCCCCCCCCCCCCCCAAUUCCAAUUCGAAACAGAUACCAAGGUCAAGUCGGAGCCGCUCUCGUGCUCGGUGGAGUCGACGCGACCGGUUCUCACCUCUACACCGUCGCGCCGCACGGGUCGACCGACAAACUCCCCUACGUGACCAUGGGUUCCGGCUCCCUCGCCGCGAUGGCCGUUUUCGAAUCGGCUUGGAAACCCAACAUGACUCGACAGGACGCGCUCGAACUCGUUUGCGAGGCCAUCGAAGCCGGUAUCUUCAACGAUCUCGGAUCGGGGAGUAACGUCGAUGCUUGCAUCAUCGAGGCCAAGGGGACGGAGAUGUUGAGGAAUUAUAGGAUGCCGAAUCAAAAGGUCGAUAAGGAGAGGAGUUACAAGUGGAGGAGGUGGGUCGGGCAUAUCAGAGGCGAGAGGUGCUUUGCGCGUGGGACGAGGAUGCUGAUGAUCUAUUUGUCGAAUCUGCUCUGGCUUGCUUGCCUGAGCCUACAGAGGAACGACGGCUUACACCAAAGAAGGUACGUCGAGAGAUAUGGGCUGGUAGCCUCAAUGAUGCUGACGACUCAUGCAUCGUUGUCUCUCCACAGAGGUCAAGUACCAUCUCGUCAAGGAGGAGGUCACCAUCGUCGCUGGGGGCAAGGUCGCCGGUCCGGAAGGAACGGGCGCUGCGGCGGGGAUGGAGGUUGAUGCUUGA